AUGCCCUUUUCUACAGAUCCCACAAUGAAUGAACUAAAAGAAGUAAUCUUCUCCAUGAAUCCUACAAGUGCUGCAGGCCCUGCUGGUAUGAAUGGUAAGUUUUACCAAGCUUGUUGGGAGAUCAUCAAGUUUGAUUUGAUGAAGGUUGUAUUGGCUUUCUUUAGUGGAAGCACCAUGCCCAGAUACAUGACAAGUGCUUGUCUUGUCCUACUUCCAAAAGUGGAACUUCCCAACUCCCUUACACAAUUUAGACCAAUCAGCCGCAUCAAUUUCAUCAACAAGAUCAUUUCCAAGAUCAUUAGUACAAGAUUGGCUCCAAUUCUUCCCAAGAUCAUCUCAGCCUAUCAGACAGGCUUUGUUAAAGGGAGAACAUUUCUAAAAAUUUCAUGCUUGCACAGGAAAUUAUCCAUGGCAUCAAAAAGCCUAACAUAG